AUGGGCGACGGGCACCUCGCCUGCAGCUGGCAGGAUGUGGAUUGGCUGUUUCGCCUGGACGCGGGCUGCCACACGGCAAUGCCCUUCUUCCGCGACGUGGGCGCCUCGACGGGCCUAUCAGGCAUCGCCGUGCGCCUGUCGAUGUCCAUGCUGAACCGAGCGCUGGCGGGCAACCUGGAAGCCCUGCGGCACCUGAUGGACCCGGCGCUGCCCGAGGUGCUCGGCGAUUGCACCCGUGCGCCUGCCAAGCUGCAGCGCCUGGAGGACGGCUCGAUAUACGUCGGGGAACAGGGCUUUACGUCCGUUACGGUGCACUACGUCGAGGGCGUCAACACGAUGCGCAUCUCGUCGGCAAGUUUUCGGAUUCAUAAUUCGGACUUGUUCUUUGAUUUCGAGGACGACUGGGAGAAGAUCAAGCUCACCGUCAAUUCACACGCCCUCAAAUUCCCUCAGGAGUGGAGCAACCUCCCCUGGCGGCUCAGCAUUAUGAGCAACUGUUCAAGCAAUGAGCUUCCACGGGUAGUGUCCGUCCACGUUGGGGCGAUGCCCAUCAAGAUCAAGGUUUUCGGAGUUUCAGCAAGUACUGGAUUCGAUAUGGCGGACGUGUUCGCGGAGCGGUUCAGAUACAACUUUGAUCUCACCACAGAGAGUGGGUAUUCGGUUAUGCCUUGCGCGCGAGGCACUGACCUUGAACUGAACAUAUCUGUUAUGCUGGCUCAGGCGGUGCAGGAGCAUGUGGCACCCUUCCUGACCGAGGAAAGCAUCGAGUGGCAAGGUAGGGCGUGGACACUGCCUGGGCUCUUGAACAGGUUCACGGAGAUGGAAGCCUCUGGUCUGCAGCUGCAGUGUUAG